GGAAUAACUGAAGAACAUACCGGCCUUCGCCCUGAGGAUCACUGGACGUGCGAGGAAGAGACGCGUUUUCACCAAGCCGCGGGCACGGUCGUGACUAAUGAGGACGAACAUCAUGCCGUCGUCACGAAUGGGGAAAACGAAGGAGAGACGGAGCAAGUCCUAUUUGACAGGUCGAUGCCGAAUCACGAGGAAGAGAAGAAGGGAAUACAUUCCAUGAAAGAUCUUGGCCAUGCCCUGAAGGACUCUAUCAAGCAUGCCACACACAAGAUGCACGACAUACUGAUGGUGCAUGCCGACCAGCGACACGACGAUAGGGACUACCACCUCUAUCCGGAGCUUGAAUGGGAUGCCGAAUUGAGACGAAACAAUGCGCUUCACCUCGAAGAGUGGCAGUUCGUGGUUGAUCGACGCGCACGGAUCGCCCAGUCUGGCGUGCUAGCCAAGUUCCUUGGUCUUCCUCCUGACGAGGACAUACAUCCAGAUGACGUACCGAUUAUCGGUGUUGGAGGCAGUGGAGGAGGGUACCGGGCUUGCUUCGGUCUUCUCUCCGCUUUCACCGCUUUCAAGGAGGAGGGUUUGUGGGAUUUGUUCACAUAUGUUGCAGGUGUAAGCGGCUCUUGCUGGUCUUUGGGAGCAUACUACACCUUCGCAAACCGAGAUGCUCACAACGCGUUGAACCACUUUAUGGCGAACUCCCAUAGCCAUCCUAUCUCUGCGACCGCUUUCAACCACGUGAUGAACAGUCCUCAUGGAGCUGACUUUUUGUUUGGUCCACUCCUUGCGAAACUGAAGACUGGUGUCGCUCCGGUGAUCCUCGAUAUGUACUCCACCGUCGUACACAGUUACAUGUUCCUGCCCAUCCACAUAAAGGAACGCGGUGAGGGAGAGCCUAUGCUGAGGAAGGAAUGGUUCCAGUGGUCUAAGGUCUGGGAGCGAUCUGGUAUCAAGGCGGCCGAGGAGCCAUUCCCGAUAUUGACUGCGGUUCGCCACGAGCGUCCCUGGCGUGAUUGGAAGAGCAAGGAGGAGCCCUGGGAGGAUAACAAUCACACGAGCAAGGAACACCAGGAGGCCCAGGAUGCAUGGUGGCAGUGGUUUGAGAUCACCCCGCUGGAAAUUGGCAGUGAUGAACUCGAGGGAUGGGUGCCCACCUGGGCAUUUGGACGGAAGUUCGAUAAGGGCCUGAGCAAGAUGCGCAUGCCAGAACAGUCUCUGGCCAUGAUCUUGGGUUUGUCAACUUCAGCGCCAGCCGGCCCGCUGUCAAGCUACCUUGGCACGAUUUACCGAAACUUGCCGAAAGGACCAUUUGGAGCGAUGAUGCGCGGCAUUACGAAGGAGAUCGAGCGCUUUGCCCCACACCACGUCGAGAGGUUUGGUGAACACCAUCCUAUCCAUGCGUGUAACGAAGCGAACCCGUUUUUCGGUGCGGAGAGGGAACCGAACCGUGGACAGGGCUUUGAGAACUCUCCUCGGCUGCAUCUCAUCGAUGCUGGUAUGGGUAACAACAUGCCCACAUACUCAUUCAUUCACCCGAACCGAGACGUCGAUGUUAUCCUCAACUUUGAUUACUCGUCCGACGUCCAGAAGGACGCAGCGUUGCAGCGGAUGGAGGACUUCGGCAACGAUAAGGGCUUGAAGUUCGAACCACGAGCACAGCUACCCAAGCUUCCACCUCCACCUAUUACGGACGAGGAAGGCAAACCCCAACCUUGGACUGAGGAGAGCAUUGCCGAAACUUUUGCAGGACGGUAUGCUCAAGUCAUCGACGGAACGCACCAGUACAACCACGGAGAAGAAGUUCUACCCGAAGGUUUCCAUUUCCAUUCGCAGGAAAUGCCGGGCGGUCCUGUUCUCUACAACAACCGUCAUCAACCGCAGGCUAGGCGCAACGUGACUAUGGUUUAUAUGCCGCUGCUUCCCAACAAAGUCCAGCCAUCAUACGACCCCGCGACUGCUCCGUGGUCUAGUUCUUAUAACCUCGUGUGGACUCCUGAGCAAAUUCAGACAUUGGAAAAGACGCAGAAACAGAACAUCUACGACUCUAUGGAUACUAUCAAGGCAGUUAUCAGGGAGGCAUACGAGAAUCGGAAGAAGUACCGUCUCUCUGGAGAAAAGGUCUUCACUCCGGCGACGCAUCCUCCGAUUCCCGGCGCCUGAUCUUUUCCCGCGAACAAAUCGAGUAAUUUGGCAGAAAGCUUUCACUCUAAUGUCACAUUUAGCACACGGUGCACAUCUUUACUAACGACCUAAA